AUGAAUUCACUACUUGUGGGAGUUACUGUUGUGAGUGGAGCGGCUCUAGCAAUCUUUUUACUUGCUUCUGCCAAUAUCGCCUAUGACUUAAGUCAAUUCCACGAAACUAUCAAGCAGGAUAUGGUUCAGUUUGAGGAGUAUUCCGGUAGCGCUUGGAAUAAAAUUGUUCACAAUGUUCCACGACCCGGAUCAAAUGGAUUCAAUAUUAUCUUCCGAAGAGGAAAAAGACAGUAUGAUAGUGCUACUGAAGCAACUGGCGCUUCAUCUUCAGGAUGCGGAUGUGGAAACUGCGCCGAACGUGCUAAUAACUGCCCUGCUGGCCCACCAGGUCCUCCAGGACAACCAGGAUCUGACGGAUUUCCCGGACAGCCAGGAGAGCCAGGACAAGACGGAAAAACAAAAGUUGACUAUCCAGGAAGCCCAGGACAUUGUGUGGUUUGUCCAGUCGGAGCACCAGGACCAGCCGGAAGAGCCGGUACUAACGGAGCACCAGGACCACGAGGACAACCAGGACAACGCGGAGCACCAGGACAAAAUGGUCAGGCUGGGCCACAAGGAGAGCAAGGAGAUGCUGGAACUCCCGGAACUGAUGGAACUCCAGGAGCACCAGGAUCACCAGGAAAGGACGGCGUUCGUGGACAAGGACGACCAGGAGCCCCAGGAAAUCAAGGACCACAAGGACCAUCUGGUCAACCAGGAAGAGACGGAGUUCCAGGACAAGAUGGUUAUGAAGGACCAGAGGGACCAGCGGGUCAGGACGGAGCACCAGGAGACAACGGAGCUGUUGGAGAACCUGGCCAACCAGGCUUACAAGGAGUUCCAGGAGCCGAUGCUGCUUAUUGUCCUUGUCCUGAGCGCUCUAAUGUUCAGUCGAACUACUCUCCAGCUCCUCAGCCAGACGGAUAUUCUUCAGUUACAGAAGCUCCAGAGGGAGAAGUUCAAGGAUACAAAAGACGAGCUGUAUUCAAACGUAGACGUGUUCACGCUCAUGCUAACUAA